AUGAGUGACCAGAUUCCUUCGACUCCCUCAAAACCAAAUGAUUCAAAUGACAAGCAAAGUAGCAUCCAACAAGACUCGGAAGAAGACGAUUCCAUCGAAUUGCAAGGCAAAGACGAAUCUGAACCUGAAGAUCAGAAACAAGUCAAAUUACAAGGUCAGUACUCUUCUUCGACUACGGUGGUGGUGAUGGAAGUCGAAAAGGAAGAUCACAAGAAUUCAAAAGAAGAAGAAGAAGAAGAAGAAGAAGUGACAGCAGAGAAUUCUGGACGUGAGAGACUAAAGAAGCAUCGUAAGGAAGUAGCAGGUAGUGUUUGGAUACCAGAGAUAUGGGGUAAAGAAGAGUUUCUCAAGGAUUGGAUGGAUUGUUCAGCUUUCAAUGCCUCUUUGGUUCCAAGUGGAAUAAUGUCUGCAAGGGCUGCAUUGAUUGAAGAGGGACAACAACCAAAUUCAGGUGGUGGUGGUGGGUUAAGGAUAGAGAAUAAUAGAUGUCCAGUCAUUCUCUCUAGUAGCUUAAGAAGAUGA